AUGGAACAUCUGGCAUCCUGUGGAUACUUACAACAGGGUAGCAUUGCAGAUAUACAUGAAAAGUUGCAAAAACUUGAUACCGAAGGACGUUGGUCAUAUGCAGAAGCAUUUCCAAAAACUGUUGAUAUGGCAUUUUUUACUGGUUAUCGUGAACAUUUUGAAGCAUGUGCUCAGCAUAAUGCAAAUUUGUUCAGCAUUGAAAAUGAAGCUGAACUGAACUUUGUUAUCACUCGAUUUCCAAUACAAAAUGGUGCAUUUUUGUUGAUGUAUCGAUAUUAUACUAAUGGGAAAUUUGUGAAAACGUUGACAUCAGAUACGGCCUACAUUGAACAGCUGAUGAAGGAUAAGCAUCUGGAAUGCAAUGAAAAUGAUGUUUCUGAUUGCUGUAUAGCACUUCGAAUUGCCAGUUAG